GGCCCCGCCCGCGCUGCCGCCGAGCGCCCGGAGCCGCCAUGAGCCGCGCCGGGUUCAUCGAUAUUGGUAUUAACCUGACAGAUCCUAUGUUCAGAGGAAUCUACAGGGGAACACAGAAACAUCAAGAUGACUUUCUGGAUGUAAUAGAGAGAGCAGUCAAAGUUGGCAUUAAAAAGUUUUUGAUUACAGGUGGGAGUCUAGAAGAUAGUAAAGAUGCAUUGCAGCUGGCGCAGACAAAUGACAUGUUUUUCAGUACAGUCGGUUGUCAUCCUACUCGCUGUGGAGAAUUUGAGCAGAGUAGCCCUGAACAGUAUUUAUCUGAAUUAAAAAAUCUGAUUGAAAAAAAUAGGACAAAGGUAAUAGCAGUUGGAGAAUGUGGCUUAGAUUUCGAUAGAUUAGAAUUUUGCCCAAAGGACAUCCAACUCAAGUAUUUUGAAAAACAAUUUGACUUGUCAGAACAGAUGCAACUGCCCAUGUUUCUACACUGUAGAAACUCACAUGCUGAAUUUUUAGACAUAAUGAGAAGAAACAGAGAUAGAGUUGUAGGAGGGGUGGUACAUUCUUUUGAUGGCACAAAGGAACAAGCAGCAGCUCUAAUAGAUUUGGAUCUUUAUAUUGGAAUAAAUGGCUGUUCACUGAAAACAGAAGCCAACUUGGAAACACUGAAAUCAAUUCCUAGUGAACGAUUAAUGAUAGAGACUGAUGCACCUUGGUGUGGAGUGAAAAAUACUCAUGCUGGAUCAAAAUACAUUAAAACUACAUUUCCUACAAAAAAGAAAUGGGAAAAAGGGCACUGCUUGAAGGACAGAAAUGAACCCUGCCAUAUAAUUCAAAUACUGGAAAUAAUGGCGGCAGUAAGAGAAGAUGACCCACUUGAGUUGGCCAAUACUCUAUAUAACAACACCAUUAAAGUCUUCUUUCCAAAUAUGUAAAGUUGUUUUUCUUACAUUUAUUCAGUUUAACUUCAGUAAAUAUAUUGCAAAAACUUAAAAUCAUCAUUCCUGCAAGUUCUAAUCAAUGGAAGCCAAUAUGUAGUGGGUUUGGGGUUUUUUAUGUUACAAGAUUAAAACUGCUUUUGAAAAGGUGUUCUGCAUUUGUGCAGUUUCUCAGCCCUGUUCCCCUUUCCUCAAGAUUCAGGAUCGACUUCGAGGCCAGGCCAUGCCUGUAACUCCAGUUAGCAGUGGAGGCACAGGAUGAGCACCAGGCUGCUUCAUUCACAUGUAAAGUACUUCAAGCUACUGCUGGCAGUUCAGGAGGACCGGGCACAUCCAUGGCAUGCACUUUGCUGCUUCACCAGAAAGCUGAGCAGUGUCGCCUUUUGUUCCACAUACGCAAAUGCUAUAGCAUUAAGUCUACCAACCUAAAUUUUUGUUAUUUUUUU